AUAAUCCACCGACCGCGCCUCGCCGCCAAUGGCGGUGGGUGGAGGGCGGUGAUCGAUCAACUUUCCGGCGUAUUUUCAGUACUUGCGUGCCACUAUUUCUGCUUUUAUUUCUUUUUCUUUUUCUCUGCCGUGGAAUUCAAUAGAAUAGUUAAUAAAGUGGAGUUGUAAGCCACUCGCUUUUGAGCUUUUCCCGUUCUGUUUUCAGCCGACCAUUAAAGCUGGAUUAAAUGGGAGGAAUCCCUCUCGCUCCCGACCUUUCCCGUCUCCUCCGAUCUUACUUCGAGUAUCUGUGGAUCGGAUCGUGAUACUACUGAUAUAAACACAAAAAGAAGAAAAGGCCCUAACAUGAUUGAUCUAUCGAGUGAUGCUUAUCAACUUUUCUUCCUUGCUACCAGCUUGUUAGAGAAGCUAGAAGGAGAAGAUAUGGAAACCAAGAGAAAGGAAAUUAAAUUGCAUUUUGCAAAAUCAUUGAUUCUGUGCAUUCGGACAAUAGGCCGAGUUUUUCAUUAUCAUCUUCUUAUGUCUAUUGUGGUGUUUUUCUUGCUUGUAUUUUAUUGGUCAUUUCCUUCUCUGUUUACCUUUUUGGUUUCUUCUUCUCCUGUCAUUGUCUGCACUACACUUCUACUUGGGCUCCUCUUGAGCUACGGAGAACUUAACAUACCUGAAAUUGAGGAAGAGCAUAUUUGGGAUGAUGGUUGUAUGGACAUUGUGAGCUCUACAAAUUACCUAUGUGUCCAGGAGACAGAGAACCUAUCAAUUGGGAACCAUGUGGAUAGUAAUGAGGAUGAACUUCAUUUGAGGGAGACAGAGAUUCAAGAAGAAAAGGAUAUUGUAGACGUGGAUAAUUUUCAAACAACAAAAACCUAUGAAGAAAACAAGAAGCCUGAUGCUCUUAUGAUCAAAAUUUCAUCAGGUGAGGAAGUCAAACAAGAGAGUCAUGUUUUGGAGGAUGUUUUGAACCAAGAACUUCAAGGUCAGUGUUUUUAUUCAUACAGAAAUCUUUGUGUUGAUGAGGUAGGUGGUGUAACAGAAAUGGGCAAAAAUGCAAUACCUUUUUGUAUUGCAAAUUUACAAGAAACCGAGAAUUCUAAUUUGGAGAUUCAUAAGCCUGCCUUGGACCAUCAUUUUGACUCUCCUCUAGGAUUGCCUUUGCAGUCUGUUGAAGAUCAUCAUGCUCCUUUGGAUGGUGAAUCAGAUGGGACAGAGAGUUGCUCUCCUGAUGUUCCUCUGGAUGACAUCAUUCCAAUGCUUGAUGAACUCCACACUAUUCUAAAUUCUGAUCUUCCUGAGCAUACUUCUAUUGCCAAGUUAGAUGCAAUAUCUGAACAGACACUGGCGGAUCAUGAAACUGACAAUAAUAUUAUUUCUGAAAAAGAUGGUGAAGCACAAGAGGCCAAAGAUGAUGGUAGUGAUGCUGCAGGGAAAUGGACAGAAGGUGAUCAGAAGAGUGUGAUGGAUCUUGGGUCUUCUGAAUUGGAAAGGGAUCGUAGGUUAGAAAGUUUAAUAGCAAAGCGAAGAGCAAGGAAGAAUCUUACCUUUAGGAUGGAAAGAAAUCUUAUUGACUUGGUUGAGAAUGACUCUUUGCUUCGCAUAAAUGAGCUAUCACACUUUCGCAUCCAAGUCCCCUCAAGAAGGAAUCCCUUCAAUAUGUUGAAUGACUCGAGGGAAACUAUGGAUUUUCCUCCAGUUCCAGGUUCGGCUCCAUCAUUGCUACCAGGAAAAAGUCUUUUCGAUGUUUUCUAUGACCAGCAAGAUCAAGACAGCAGUCUCGAUGUUCGAAAUUGUGAUUGGGAUUUUGUGCCUCCUUCACACCAUGAGACCUUGUUUAGGAGUGACACCUUCGGCUUUGGAAGGAGGCACUUUCAGCAAGAGAGAUAUAAUUCCAGGUUAAAACCUUAUUUUACUUCAGAGAGGGAUCUGGAGGGAAAUUCUACUUUCAACAGACAAUUCAGUGAAAAGAGCCAAGCAAAAGUGAUUGAUAUUUCAGAUUCAGAUACAGUUUCUUCAGCCAUUGGUCAGGAGAAUCAGAGAGAUUUAGAGAAACUGGAUGUGAGUAGAAAAGUUGAAUCGUCAUCUCUUGCUAAACAGGAUACUGAAGCAGAGGAUCAUGAAACUCCUUAUGAGGCAGAACCAGAAGAUACUGAAGAAGGGAAGUGUGAACAUCUAAUCAAGGAUGGAUAUGACUACAAAAUUGCAGAGCCUAUCUAUGAUUCUAGUCCACCAGCCAGUGGAAACUCUCUUUAUAAAGAAUCAGCAUUUGAUGAAGCUUUGCAAGAUUCAGGUCAACUUGGUGAUGCUGAUUCUUCACUAGAGUUUAACAUGAGAAUGGAUUCCGUAAAAGUAUCUAGUCCAAGGGCAUUGGAAAUUGCAGUUGCCUCCGAAAAAGUAUCUAGUCCAAGGGCAUUGGAAAUUGCAGUUGCCUCCGAAACUGCAGACUUUAUAUCAAGUAGUGCAAACAUUGAAGAGUCAGGAUCUAUCAGUAUGGAGCCUUCAACAUCUUCCUGGACUUCUGUAUCUAAUGAUGAAAAAGUGAGAACAAAGGAGUUUGAUGACAUUAACCAAUAUGAUGAUGCCAAAAUUGGUAAGUCAGCUACUCAAGAAGAUUCCAGUGAUCUGGCCUCUUCUGUGAUACAGGAGAUGCAAACGGCGCAGUGUGUCAAUGACCCAAAUGAGCUUCAUCAGAUCCAUGUGGAUGUGAGCUGUGGAAUGGAAGGCCGCGAUAUGGCCGAGAUAUUCUUGUCUGAUGGUUCAGUUUCAUCUGAAUUUCAGAAAGGGUUGCCAUCGCCGUUUGUUCAUGUCGAUGUUGAUGAAUGUCAAAGCAGCAUAUUGGACUUAUCUUCAAUCUCUGAAGAGAAUCAAGAACAUUUGGAACAAAAAAUAGAUAACCUGAGUUGCACAGAUGUUUUAAGUUCAAGCAGAGAACUGUCUUCUGAUCAUCGAGUAGAACUGAUGGUUCAUAAGGAUGACUGGUAUGAAGAUAUUAUUUCUGAUUCGAAAAGUUCUUUUGAGCAUGACUUCAGUUUGUCCAAAGACAGAUCUAGUCUGAUUGUUGGUACUUUAGAUAACCAAUUCUCCAAAGACAGCUUCGGUAUGCCACAAGAGGUGGAUUCAGAAAUCAACCAAACUGAAAUUGUAGGAGCACAUAUUUUGUCUCCACUUGGUUCUGAAGGUAACAAUGAAGAGACUGUUUACAAUCCUACGAUUCAUUUUUUGGAGACCAUCUUGGUUAGAGGAGUUGAUUCAGAGUCUAGUCAGCUAUCUGAAGAGGACAUCAGACCCAGUGUUUUGGAGUUAGACAUUGACAAUCCCUCAGCAGCCGAACUUCUUCAGUCAAGUGAAAUAGGUACAACUCAGCAAACUGUGUCCCAAUCUAUGACAGAUUCAGAACUUACAGUCAUUGAAGCAAGAUCGAUUGAGGAAAUCCACUCAUAUGUUAAGAAAUUUAGUGAAGAAAGUCCAAAUAAGCAUGUACCACAAUUUACAACUGACUCAAAGCUUCCAGUCAUUGAAGAAGCAAGAAGAUCAAAUGAAGAAAGCCUAAGAAAACGAAUAUAUCAAACUAUAGAAGAGUCAGAGUUUUCAGUUGUUGAAGCGAGAACUGAUGAAGGUAUCCACUUAUAUUUUGAGCAAAGUGGUGAAGAAAGAGAAAGCAAACCUAUACAUCAUGAUGAUGGAUCUCAAUACUUAUUCAGUAAUGUCGAUAUGGAUACAAAAUUGAGGAAAUCUGACUUGCAUGUUGUUGAAGCCAAGUCAAUUGAAGAUAUAGAUAUGGCUUAUAUCCAGCUUUCUCACAUUACGAGCAAGGAAUACCUAGAAGCAAUCAAAACUGGGGUUCUCGAAGUGUGUGCCUCCGAUGACAUUAGUUUGGAUUUAAAGAAACAUUUUUCUGCUCAAACUGGCUCAAGCAUAGAAACAGGAAAUGUUGGUGAAAAAAAUCAAGAGAAGAUUAAGUAUUGAGUGAGAUUGCUGACUCGACCAGAAGAAACAGAAGAAACAAUAGAAAUUUCUGUGUGAUGUUCAAGUGCAAGUUCUAGCUAGCGAUUCUGAUAUCCUUUAAGCAAGCAAUAUUAAGAUUAAGGUAAUAUCUCAGGCACAGUGAUCACAUAGUUUUUUGGAGGUGGUCUUUGCGUUUGGGAUUAUAAUGCAAAUGUUUCCUUUAUGGAUUAAAUUCAUUAGGGGUGUCAUAUUUUCUUCUGAUUCAUUUUUUUUUUUGACUAGAAAUUCACGGUUAAGUGGAUUUUACAUGUAUUAUUUUUUACUCGUCGAAGACUGGCAUGAGAAUAUAAAUUCUACAGAGGAGCCUUUA